UUUUGAGUCCAGUACAGGCUAGGGAAAAACCUCGCACCACAUAUUGGAGCGCCUCUCCCCCCUUCCACUUCCGCUUCAGCUUCUCUUCGGGCCAUCCGCCAUCUGCUGAGUCUUCUUGCCUCUGCUCCUACAUCCCCGUCGAAGGGGAGGGUCAAGGAUUGGUCAUGGCGGGCUCGUCGAAGGGCAAGGAGAAGCUGACGGAUGCGGGUGACUCGUCGAGCAUGCAUCAGGUCGCGGCCGUCUCGUCGAAGGGCAAGGAGGUGUAGACCGACGCAGGUGAAAUGUCGAGGCAGCAUCAGGUCGCGGCAGUCCGCCGGCCUAUGGAGCGAGGGGCGCCUCAUGAACACGGCCUGAUCUGCGCCACAAGACGCAGUCGUGCGGGCGACUGCAUUGUCUCCUCCUUCGUGAAGGCGAAGGUACUUAGUUCCAUGGGGUGGGUUUGUGCUCUGUUUUCUACAUUCAGUGAACACAAGAGGGACAUCAUGGGGCGCAUGGGGUUGGCGGGGCUGCUCAAGGUGCCACCUGAUACGGAAGUAGACGAGAGCUUCUCCCUGUGGCUGAUUAGGAACGUAGAGGAUUCAGAUGGAGACGUUCUGAAGAUCCAUACUAGGAACGUAGGCACGUUGGCCAUGAGAGCUAUAGAUGUUUUCAUGGUAGCAGGGAUCCCUUGUGAGGGCCAAGAGAUAGAACUAGAUGACAAAAAACCAAGCCCAAACCUUGUUCGUUUCAUCCGCAAUACGAUGGGAUUGAGAACCACCACAAGUGCUGAACAGUAUAUCAGCAUGGAGGAUGUGGAGUCUGUGCUGGCCAAGAACUAUGUGAACCACAUGACCUAUGAAGAACUGCAUGCUUUCAAGGUCGCAGUUGUCAUAUAUGUGGUGUCCUGGUUCCUUGCUCCUGUGGGGGACGCUCCUGGGGCAGUGAACACCGAGAUAUUGAAGCACCUAGUUGACCCAGACAGCAUGGACGACUGUCUAAACUUUGGUAGUUAUGUGAUAAAGUGUAUCAAGAGAAGUGCUGGGAGGGUGCACUACAAUCUCAGCGCCGGCACGAAAUGGGUGAUCAUCCAUGUAUGCCCAAUCGUUCUGAAGCUUGGUUCGGAUACCAGACCACAUGACAACUUCCCGCGGAUCAUGGACUUCUACUCCGAUUGCAUUCAGAGAUUGGUGCUGACUGAGAGGAAAGCGGGGUACAUGUCCAGCCUUGACAUGUGCGGCCUCGCGCAGCCGCGAGACAAGGACGAUGUCUGCUACAGCCGUGGGUUCCUAUGCAGGGCUGCAUCGUCUAGUCGUGUGUGCGCAGGCACUAGGCAAGAGCCUGGUCGAGCAGAUGUCUUGGUGGCAGAGGUAGAAUCUAUGAUGAUGUUCGGUCUGAGGGUCAUUGACCAGCACGCGGAACGUUGCUCAGAGGCAAUACGGCUAUUCACUGAAGCAAAGGCUUCUCUGCAAAACUCAGUCAAUGAAAUGCGGUCACGGUGGAUUGAUUUCUCGGUCAAUCGUGGGGAGAGACGGAAGAGGAAAUGCCGAGAACCGGAGGGUGGGCAGGGGAGUGAACAGAACGGUGCUGAUCGCCACUCCAAGAUGGGCCGCAUACCCCUGUCUGGAGCGAAAUUGCUGCUGGCGCAUGAUGGGGGUAGCUCGUCGCAAUGCUCAAUUGGUGCAGCCGCAGGUGAUGCUGCGGUUCGAACCGAAGAUGGAGGACAGACAACACCUCCGGGGGUCGCGGACAGCAUUCCUCUGCAGAAGUUUGAUUCGUCUAGUACUCCUGGCGAUCCAAUAGUGGUGAUGGAUGAUGACGAUGAGCCCAUUUUUGACUCCACCCCUGUACCACCAGGACCUGCUGCCACAUUUGUGUUUGGAAGCUUGGAUGCUGGGGAUGCUCAUUAUGCCCAAGCCAACCAAGAAACGCCGCCUGGUGCAGAUGUCAAGAUGGUGGAUGAACAUUCCCGGUUUGGGGUGAGCCCGUUCUCUGCAGGCAUGAAGCACAAACACACGCUGGGGCCAACUUGUCGUGCUGUACUGAAACUUCUAGAGCAGAAGCACUCUUACGCCCAUGAUAGUAUAUGGUUUGUUCACAACAUCCCAGAUGUGUUGGUGCUUGAAGCUGGCCAGUUGUAUGCUGCCUUCAGGAGGCACGGCGAGUUUUCCGUGGAUGUAGUCGAUGCUCUGUCUAGGCUCUUCACGGCGCUGGAUAGGGACAUGUACCUAGAAGUGGGUGUACCUGAUAACAUCUGGAGGCACUUCCUCCCAGCUUCGUUCGCGGUUGGUGUCGUUACUGGCGAGGAUCCCGGCUCAGCGAAAUUCAAGGACAUGUUUAUUGGAGACCACCUGGGAUACGACGUGGAGAACUGCAGGAUGUUCCUGGCCCCUUUCCCUAAAAAUGGGAGCUGGGUGGUGUAUACGUGGGACUUUCUCCGCAGGGAAGUGGGCGUGAUGGACCCGGCCAUGCAGAAUACAACUAUUACUCAGAGCCAGUGGACACACGACGACACCAUGCAAGCUCUGCACACCGCCUUGUUCGAGUGCAUAGACAACUUCUUCAGGGGCUGGUAGCAUGCUCCAUGGAGCUGGACUUAUGUCCACCACAUCAUGCUGGGGGCGCGUUGCCACAUGUGAAGCAACUCGGGUGUCCACGCGAUGCAUUACGCACGUUACUUUGAUGGUGAUGAGCUCACGGAUGCUACGGCUAAGAAUGAAACGGCAUUGGCCAGGGCCGACAUGCUGUACCAGAUGCUUGUGAUGGAUGACAAUGAGGGGGAAGUGUCUGAGUUCUUGUCACGCUGCCUACCACACUACCCAAGCUAGGAGUACGUUGCAGGGGCAAGGCUUCCUGGCACGACAUCAGUUCUCUUUUGAGGGGGUCACUGAAUGGUGCUGCGUGAACAUUCAUUUCAUCAAGUUCGUGUUCGCCAAUGGGCGUGGGACCAGUACAAUUGGUGUUUAUUUUUGCUACUAUGCUGUGCGUUGAUCUUGUUUGCUAGGCGCAUGAUGAAUUUGUUAGAGCAUUUGAUGCCGUCGUUGCUCCUCGUUGAGCUUUACUAUGUUAGUUCGUCCUCAACAUUUGAUGCUGUCGAUGCUUCUCGUUAAUCUUUCGCAUGUUAUCUCCUUCA